AUAUUUUAGUCGUUUACCGACAGCCGGCUAGAGAGCGUGUUUUCGUCCGAGGGAAGAGGGUUAUUUGUGAUUUCAAGUUCGCGCAUUUCAAAACCUGUCGAUGAUAUUCAGAAACCAUACCUUUACACCACACGUAGUAGGCGUGGACUGCUGCAGUAGACCGGCGACGAAGAGACUAUUUUAUCGGUUCGGAACGGAAUACAAUCGAGUUUUGAUCUAGGUAUCCGAGACUGGUUCAGGUGCCUGAUUGCUGGUUUCAGAUUUGCAUAGCAGGCUUUGCCCACACUCGAACCGAUCCGAUAGUGCGGUAUUAAGCAAUUUGCACUCGUAGAUGCAAAUUAGAAUGUUGAAUGAAGAAUACCGAACAUUUUAGUGAGUGAGUGAAUGAUUGUGGUGACGACAUGGUAAAGUUCUAAGUUAAGUGACCACCCCACACCGGUGCACAAAAAGCGAGAGAGGAAGAGAGGGACGAGACGGUAUACUAGUGUUCAAAAAGUUAAGUGAAAAAAAAACCAUUCGGUUAAGUGGUUGGUUGCUGCCACGGUGGGCAAAAAACAAGAGUGUAGGUAUUUGCAACUUUGCAUAAUAAUCGCUUUUCGAACACCGAUUAGCCACCUCGCGUUAAUAGUUGUGUGUGAUCAAAUGUGUGAAUCUAUCCUGCAAAUUGGCAAAAAAGAAAAAAUUAUCGAUAUAAAUAAAUAGUGGAAUAUUUUCGUGCAGCAGGGCAAAAAAUAUCAAUUGUAUGCACAGGUGUAUUGGUGCGAAAAGGUUGUUGCUUCUGCAAAAUAAUACAACAAUACUACACAGCACAGUGUAGUCGCCUAGCCGCCUCCUGUGACGGUGUGGCUCUUUUUCUGAUAAAGGAGAGCGAAUUGGAAGAGAAUAAAUUGAGCACAGCACUCGGGGUGUGUUGAAGAAAAAAAAAACAAAAAAUAACGAACGACGACGCGUGUGUUUGAGGUUGCUGCUGCUCUCUGAAAUUUGAUUCAAACGAUACGGAUGAAUUAUUAAAUGAAUGUUUAUGAACGAACGCCAUAAAAGUGAUAAGAUUGGAAGAAGCUGAUACAUAUUCCAGUUGCGAAUACGUUACUAUUAUUCAGCCUUUGGCUUACACGAUUCUCGGGUUCCGGAGCUGAAGAAAAUUUGACUGUAGACUUUUUUUUUUAUUGCCGUUCGAUGCCGAUCAUUGGACAUUUGAAGCCUAUCGGGUACGCAAAUAUUGUUAUCAGGAUAAUAAACGAACCGUUUCUGAUGAAAUCGUUUGGAUAUUACAGAUACCGGUCCGUCCGCUGGCAGUGAGCAACUUCGACGACCAGUCAGCUAGUCAGCCAGCCAGCCAACCAGCCACAUCAGUUCGUGAGUGAGUGAGAUCAGAACCAAACACGGCAGCAAGCAGCUCACAGUAGUACGCGAGAUGUUUGCAGGAGAGAUUGACGACGCGGCUACUACGACGGGUUACUUCGAUCAUCGACGUCGGUUCAGAACGCAGCAGAUCUCAGUCAGAUAUUGAGUCGGUAUUUUUUCGAGAGUUUGGACGAUUGCUGCUACCUCUGUCUGUCUGGAUUGGUUUUCGAUCGAACUGGGACCGGGUAGAUCGACAGAAAGUUCAGAAUCUGACUCUUUUUUUUCGGGAGGGCUACGAAUGGUGCAGCUCCCGUGCGCGCGGUCACAAAACGGGUUAGUGAGUGGUGGUCAUAAAAAAGUGCUCGGUGUGUAACAACACCAACAACUCCAAAUUCAUGGAAAUCGAAUGAAAUAACGAGCUUUUUGGAGAAGCGAUAAAAAAAGAGUAGUUAGUGAGAUGUGCAGACGACGAAGCGGGCGUGGAAACAACGAGGGAAAGAUUUUUCGAUAGAAUUACGUCAAUAGAAUUGAUUUUUAAUGGAUUCGAGCGUGGAUGGAAGAUUUUUCUGUCGAAAAGCCUGAUAGCAUCGAAUAAUAUACCUAUAAUAAGUGGCUCUAACAAGCUCUCCUUCUUGGCUUUGCCUCAAAGUGAACGUGCUGUGAAUAAAUGAUAAAAAGAAGAAGGAGAAGAAGAAGGAAGAUCGAAUAGAAUUUUUCAGGUUUUUCUGAUAACCUAGUGUGUUUCUAAUUGUGCUUGUAUGGAAUUCAAAGAUUCGACCCCAGAAGAGGACAAGCUGCCGAUCUGUUUUCUCCCGACGGUGAACCGUGUCCCCGGACUCGACGACGGCCGCCGGACGACCGGACGGGCAUUUUCUCCCCGGACACGAUACGGCCAAUGCUUUCAGCCGUAGAGAACCUGGGAUCCGGUCGGGUUUAUCCCCAUCCGUUUCCAGGGGCGACGGCACCUUCGUCGUUGCUAGGUCAGCUCCCAUUGUCGGCAGCUGGCCUACCGUUGCUAGGGCCCGGUCUGGUCGAUAUGUCGGUUGCCGAGUUCGCUCGGCCACAUCCAAAGCAGCAAAGCUACAACGAAUCUACCCGGAACGGUUUGCUUUCGUCAUCGAGAACGAAAUAUGCCGAUCCUCCCCCGUCACCGCAAAGUGGACCGGUAAACCUGGCCGUCAGUCCUAAUCUGCCAAAUUCUCACAGUGCUGCCCAGUUGAGUCACCUCAGCCACGAGUAUCAUGAGCGGACACUACAGGCGGCCCACGCGGCCCAAGCUCGUGCCGCCCAUGCCCACGCUCAGCAACAGCAACAACAGCAGCAGCAAAGGCACCAAGAGCAGCAACAGAAAGAAGCGGUCGCUGCGGCUGCCGCGGCUGCUGCUGCCUCCGAUAUUGGAAAGCUCUAUUCGCCAACCAAUUCUCGGUUAGCGUUCUUUCCAAGCUCCCUGGAUACUAGCUCAUAUCCCGGUCUCAACUAUGGGAUGUAUCCGUUUGGAUAUUCGCCAGCGCAUCUCGAUACCCGAAUGCUCGGUCGACCCACGUACUUACCGGGACAGCGCGAUCCGUACACACCUACUUCCUUCCUUACUCCUGCCAGCUUCGCCUCAGCGGAGAGUGCAAAAUCCAAGCUUUAUCCGCCGGUUUCCUUAUCACAUUUGAAUGGCCACAGCGGCCUUAAACCUACCUCUCUUCAACAAUUACCUCAAGACAACAAGUUGCAUCCAGAAGACCGAAGCCCUACGAUGCCGCCAUCUUCUAGCGCAACGUCCUUGAUCUCCGCUUACAGCGAUCGAGAUCGGCCCAGCUACCACCUGAACGGGCUAACGGGAUUAGCCGAUCAUCCACUGCCCAGCAAGUACCAAAGCAGCAGCAGUCACGGCGCAGUGGCGCCAUCUUCCGAUAAGGAUCCCCCAAUAAAGCUCGAACACAAGCAACAGCAACAUCAUUCUAGUCAUCAUACUCAGCAGCACCCUCCUCCGGGAUCGGUUCCGGUUUCUAUUGGCGGCUCUAGCGGCGGCCACCAUCAUCAGCAUCAUCAUCAAUUCACUCCGCCAUCGCCGUUGUCCGGGUCUGCAUCGCUGCCACCACAAUCUCUUCCACCGCCAUCAUCAUCAUCGUCUUCCAGUCAACAGCAGCAGCAGCGACAUCGCUCGAUGCCGUCACACCCACAUUCCCUUGCACCACACCUGCAUUCGACAAUGACGUCGGAUGGAGGGGGGCCGCCCCUGAUGAUGUCCUCCCUGGAUAACGAGUUCAAGGUGCCGUCCGGUAAGGAGGGUUCGCUCAAACAUCGUAUACUAACGCGACCUGCCAGCGAUCGGGGCGACACCCGCCGGCGUUCGCCUCCCAUGAAGAGUACCACCAUUUUUAGACCAUUCGAGAACGGUUCGGUAACCAACUUCAGCAAGGGGGCGCUUAUUCAGUUGGCCGGCGAGUGCAAACGCGUCGAGGACGUCCGAACCGAGGAUCUAGUACAAACGGCCGAGAAGUCGCCGGACCUGCGGCUGGCGGAAUCAACGACCGUCAAAAUUACGCCACGUAACCACAUUGUGAUAAUCACGUUCAGCUACGAUAACAAUCGAUCGAGGGUCGAUAUCGAAGCUACAAUCGAGCAUCCAUUUUUCGUAUACGGACAAGGCUGGGCCUCGUGUAAUCCGGAAAAGUCGAUGCAACAGUUUGGCUUGCGGUGCCAGAAGCUACAAGUGGGCGAUAUUUGUCUCUCUUUAAUUCCGCGUGAAAAAGCCCCCAAGAUGAACCAUUCCUCUUCCACAUCUUCCGCGACCUCAAUGUACCUAACGUCGUCGUCUACAUCGCAAGUGCCAUCGGUGGCCAGCAGUCAGCAACAGCAACUCUAUCUGUCGUCGGCCCAAUCACAGCAUCCGUUGCUAAACGUGCCACCACCAGCCGGAAGUAGCCAAUCGGCGGUGCUACAACAUCAACACCAGCAACGGUUGUACUACAAUAUGCAGCAGAAUACCGUCCCAAUGACGACCGAUCAUCACCAGUCGUCACGAACUAGCAGGGAAAUCAAAUCUGGUGAACCGGGUAGCAGCCCUCAGCAUCAGUAUCUACCUCAAAAUCUCUCACGGAAAGCUUCCUCCCACGUGCCGUCCUCAACAUCUGCAACCACACCCUCAAAUCCUUCCACCGGUUCUGGCGGUUCUUCCUCUCAACAACCCUACGGUAGUUUUCCUCCAGUACCUCAUCCCGUCUUCUCGAUGCCAUUUUCUGCAGCUCAUCUGAGCAAACCGCAUGAUCCGACAUCUGGGUCACACCACCCCCUUUAUCCACCACCCAAACCAUCGCCCGAUCAAUCACACCAUGUGAUGGGUGCGUCUCCACGAUCCUCCGCAGAGAACAACUCCAACGAACAACCGGUGCCAAUGGUUGUCGAUAAGCACCACCACCACUCGCACCAUUCCUCGUCGUCAUCCUCGUCGACUUCAUCGUCAUCCGGCGUGGGCUCGCUAUCGUCUUCGUCAUCCUCAUCUUCGUCCAGCAAAUCCGGCAGCUGCACCAGCACCUCGUCGUUGUCCCCGUUGAAACCACCCGGUGAACGAGGCAACGAUCUGACGAUCCUGGACGACGUAGACGAAGAUUGCGUUAUCGAUGCGUCCGUGUCCCGCAAACGGCGCUGGUCUGCACCGGACUCUUGUGAUGAAGAAACGAAGGACAGUAAACUCCAGACGACGACGACGAACUCGACGCAACCGCCACCGAUCAAAAUUCCUCAAAUUAUCUAGACUUUUUCGAAAAGGUCCAAACUUCUUGCUUGAAAUCAUUAGGAAGGGCGUUAGUGUGUUAAGUAGUUGAAAGCAGGCAGCUUGCACUGUAGACUAAUUUGAAAGCGAGAAUCAAUAAUUGUACAAAAAAAUCCAACCAAAUCUUUCACCAUUUGGCAGCACUAUCUGGUGCAAUAAAUGUGUCUCCUAAGUUUUCCCCCAAAAUGAACUGGACUCAUUUUUCGAGUUUUAUCGAUAAAACUCAAGUUCAAAUAUAAUUGAUUGAUUGUAUAAGACAUUUUUUCGAUUCGUUUCAGCAAAAACAAUUGAAUCGUUUGUUUCAUUUGCGAAAAUAAGUGGAGGAAAUAGAAUUAUGAUUUUAUUGUUUAAGAAACACAAACGUACGCGCGCUCGCAUGUUUCUAGUUUGUUGAAAUAUAAUCGAUCAUGAUUAAUGAAGUUUUUAAGCUUUGGUAUGACUGUGAUGCUUGCAGAUUGUCGAGGACAACGAUAUCGAUUUAAUUUUGUUUAUGAAUUUCUUAAGUAGACCAAACGUUCUGGUUUUAGGAAGUCUGCCAACAGAGAAAUCAACAUUCGAUUUUUUAACUAUUCUGGAAAACAAUUCUAUUCUGAAUAAAAAACUUAAAUUUAGAAAUACACAUCUCAACCACGAGAAAAUAAAGAAUUUCAAAACUCGAAUGUUAGACAUACAUGCUUUAGAACUAUUAUAUUUUGAAUUUAAACUUCAAAAGUGAAUUAUAUUUUUAUAGGUUAAAAAAAAUCAGUAACAUUAAGUUUAAAAGUGCAAUUCACAAAAUUGAUUUUUUUAAAUUUUUAGUUAUUUUUGUAUUUUUCUCUUUUUUCUACCAUCUUCACAGUCAAAUUUCGGAAAAUUUUCAAAACCAAACUUCUCUGUUAACCUUUUUCCAAUUGUUUCUACAAUCGAAUUAUCUACAGUGCAAGCAAAGGAAAGACCCCCAUUUUGUGAUGAAUUUUGUUUGUCAGAGGAAGAACAAAAAAAAACUUGGAUUGAAAUAACAUUUCAAAAAACAAUUAAAUAAAUAAAAUAAACAAAAGCUCACGUAUUUAUUGUGUAAUAUUGGAUGAUAGAUGUUUUCUAAAAACAUACGAAACAAAUAUUUUCGAAGGCAUUCAAUAAAAUGAGAAGUAAAUUAGUAGAUAAAUAUAGAAAAUGAGAGAAAAACAAAAAAAGUUUUAAAACUGAAAGUAUAUUUGAACUAAAAAGCUAUAAAACAAAAUGCUAUCGAUGUGAUUCAGAAACUGGAAAGUAUUGAUUGGAAUCAAAUAAAAUUUGUUGUUGAUCCUUGAUAAAACAAAAAAAGAAUUACUACACACUGAAACAAAGGCAGAUAUUAACCUAUUGUGUAUAUAUAUACAAAAAUAUAGAUAUAUUUACUUUCCCUAGAAUACGGCAGAAAACACAUAAAUGCUUCAGGAAUAGGAUUUCAAUGGAUAAAUUGCCAUUUUCAAGCAAACAUAACAUAACAAAAAAAAACUGUAAAUUAGGAUAUCAGGCGUAGUUAGUUAGAACUUAGAAAAAAGAAUGAUGAAAACAGAAAACAAAAACAGCCGCACAUUAUUGUAGUUGAACAAAAUAUUUGACAGAAAAAAAAAUGCUGAUAAUUCAAGGUUUCGAAAAAUGGCACUUCAGCCGGAAUUCUAAUGUGUGUGUCUUGCUAAAAUUGUACUACCAUUUUUUCUCGGUUACUUUCGAUUGUGAUCGUCGGUAUCGUCGUAAUAAACAAUGGAGGUUGAUGUAGCUAAGUCAGUCGAGGUUGAACUAAUACAAAAAAUAUAUAGAAAGCAAAAACCCUUUAACUCUGAUAAACCCAAAAAAGAAGAAAAUCCACACACACACAUUACAGGCAACAAAAACAAAAAGUCUACGGAAGGUUCAAACAAAAACUGAUUAUUUGAUCAUACAAAAGUAAGAAAAGUUCUCGGGGCAUUUAAAACAUACACUUAUUUUAAUAGUCAGAAACAUUUAUCGUACCACAGCAGCUGCAAAUGGCGGAAUACUGGGCAUGUGUGUUAAACCAUGCGCACAUUUCCCAUAUAGAGAUAUUUUGUUGCAUCUAGUAAAAAAGAGAGAAAGAAAAAAAAAAACAAAGAUAACUCAAAGUCGUUAAAAAUAUGUGCCUUUUUGAAGACAAAACAAAGUUUUUUUGAUUUUGUUUCUCAACCAGAGAAGAGUGAAUCGCAUGAUUAUGUACCUAUCCUCAAAAACUUUCCGCUGGAAAGAGGCCGAUAUUAUGAGAGGAUAUAAAUGAAAUAAAUAUGCCUUUUUAACGAAAGAAAGAAAACAUAAAGCUAUAGAUAUCAACAGAUGCAUAUAAAAAAACGAAUCAAACCAGUAGCCCAUUCAUAUUUGAAAGAACAAGUAUCUCAACCAGAAAUCAUCUUAGUACAUCUCUCAGACAGAAAAAAAUGAGACACACAACGCAAACAGGAUAAGAAAACAAAAAUCAGUAGAUUGAUACGCGCUUGCGCAAGAAAUUUGUGCUCCCCUGUCGUUGUAAGUAAAGAGUUGCAAAUUUGGUUGCAAGUGCUGGUAGCUUAAAGUGGAACUAAACUACCACAUAUUAUGUAAAAUAACUAGAACACUGUGUUUUGUUUUCCAAUAAAAAUGAUAGACCUCAAACUAAGAAGAAAUAAAUGAAGAAAAAAAUAAACAACUAAACAAAUGUAGUACUCAUUAAACAUGAGAAGAAAGAAACAAAUUAACAGUGCUUAUCGAAAACAUGAAUACCUACCUAAAUACCUAAAUAAUAGUUCCGAAGACUUGAUCAAACAAAAAAGAAAAUUUGAUGCACAAACCGCAUAAACUGUUGCAGUGUUUAAACAGAAGAAAAAAAUCAGCUGUACUGUUGUGAAUUUAUGUCAAUCAUAAAAGCGAAAAAAUAAAUAUCACCAUGCUAAUGGAAAUAUGUAA